AAGAUAUAACCUACAGGUCUGUGCACGAACUGAUAGAUCUGCAAGAGCUUGGUGACUGAAAAGGAGGAAUCAUGCAAAACAAAGAGAGUCCUACAGGGUCCUACUCAAAUCUGAAGGUUACUGUUCUUAGAGCAAAAACCAGCUACUCCCGUGAUUAUUGGUCUGAGUCAGACUGCUAUGUCACAUUACAUAUCCCCACGGCCUCUACGAAGAUUCACCGUACCAAGACUGUCGACAAUAGCAGCUCCCCAGAGUGGAAUGAAACUUUCAACUUUAGGGUCCAGUCUUCUGUAAAGAACGUCCUGGAGAUUAGACUGUAUGAUGAGGACACUUUCAUAGAUGGUGAUGACUUGUGUUCAGUUGUGUUAUUUGACAUCAACAACCUCGUACCAGGAGUGAAGGAGACUAAAGUCUUCAACAGAGACUCACAGACGAAUGAUGAACUGUGGAUGGAAUUUCAGCUGCUUGAGUGUGGUGAUCCUCCUUGUAAAUAUAUUUCAAACGGAGUCCUAAUGGCUGCCCCAUUCACUGCUGUGGAUGUUAGUUUGAGCGACAAAAACUUGAAACCGGACAUGAUUUUAAGACUAACAGGAGCAUAUAAUGAAAAUCAAAAGGUGGCCAGUUCAGAACAAAUAACAGAACUUUCAAAAACCUUGCGGUUCUAUGUGAACAGAUAUCUGGAGACAGAACUCAUGAUAAAUCAGCUGGACAGCUCGAGUGGCAGUUCAGCAAAUGCUGUUCAGCUUAAGGAAUUGCCAGCUAAAGACCAAGUUAACAUGUCUAUUCCCUUUGGAGAGGAAAAGCUGGACUUACAUUUGAAAAUGGAGGACUGCCCAAAGAAAGAUUUUCAAGUUCGUUUGGAUUUCAACCUUUCACCCCAAGAGAAGAAGUUCCUGGAGCAGAGAAGAGUGGUGGUGGAUCAGGCCUUAAAGAAAGUGUUGAAGCUUAACUCUGCCCGUACACUCAAAAAGGUACCUGUAAUAGCUGUUGUGGCCUCAGGGGGCGGGACUAGAGCUAUGACUGGCAUGUAUGGGAGCCUGAGGGGCCUACAGAGAAUUGGCCUUCUGGACACUGUGACUUAUAUUACUGGAGUGUCUGGUUCUACCUGGGCCAUGGCCAAAUUAAACGAGCAAGAUGAUUGGUCCCAUUGUGACAUGGAAAAGGCAAUUGCUGAACUGGAGAAGGAGAUCACAAAGAGUGCUCUUAGUGCCUUCGCCGUGGAGAAACUGCAGUACUACCACACUGAAACUGGAAAGAGAGAGCAGGAGGGACACCCGGUGUCACUCAUAGACAUGUGGGGAUUGGUCAUUGAGGAGCUGACCCAUGGGAAGAAAAACAGCCAUACUCUGUCUGAGCAGCAGAGGGCAGUGUCAAAGGGCCAAAACCCCCUCCCCAUCUACACUGCUGUCAAUAUGAAGGAAGGAAGGAAAGGCACUACAGCUGAGAAAGAAUGGUGUGAGUUCACGCCAUAUGAAGUGGGGAUCCCAAAGUAUGGGGCUUUUGUCCGUGCUGAAGAUUUUGGCAGUGAAUUCUACCUAGGAUACAUGAUCAAGAAGCUCCCAGAGACACGUCUCCCCUAUCUGAUAGGAAUCUGGAGUAGUGUUUUCUCUUUGAACCUGACUCAGCUGUGGACAGCUUGCACUGGAAUGCUACCUUCCUGGAGCCCAUGGCUGGGGGAGAAUGUGGGCAACAUAGAAGCAGACAGUGAGCCAAUUACCCUGGACACAUAUCUCCUCACGCCGAUCACCAGCACGGCUAGCGUGGUCUCCAGAUUUUUCAAGAGCCGACCCGUCAUCACUGAGAUAUACAACUUUAUGCGUGGAUUCUUCAUGCAUUCCAAUUAUAACAAAAACUCAAACUUUACCGCCUGGAAAGAUAGCCACCCUGAUGCCUUCCCAAACAACCUAACACCAGCUGACUCCAAACUGCAACUAGUUGAUGCUGGCCAUGCAAUAAACAUUGGUUGCCCUCCAGUGUUGCGUCCCCAGAGGGGUGUAGAUGUCAUCCUGACUUUCAGCUACUCAUGGGAUCCGCAGGAUGUUUUAGAGGUUAUAAAACUGACACAGGAUUACUGUGAAGACCACAAGAUACCCUUCCCCCACAUUGACUUCAGCAAGCUCGAGGCUGAGCCUGUGAGAGAGCUCUACGUCUUUGAAGACAAAGAGAACCCAGAGGCUCCCAUUCUGCUGCACAUGCCCCUUGUCAAUGUUUCUUAUCGUGAGUUCAAGGCUCCUGGUCAACCACGGAAAGGUGAGGAGGAGAUGGAGGCGGGGAAAGUUGAUGUUAGCUCUGACUCUUCUCCCUACAAGACCUCCAACCUGACCUACUCUGUGAAGGACUACAGGUCACUGGUGGAUCUCACCACCUACAAUGUUGUCAACAACAAGGAUGCGAUCUUGAAGGCUCUUCGCAGUUCCCUAGAGAGGGCAGUCCCUGUGAAGGAAGAAGCCAGUCAGGAUCAGGACAAGCCAGUAAAAAAAUCAGUUCAGUGAGGGAAGUAGUAUAAUUCCUGUAGAACCAUGUCUGUUUCACAAAAACAUGGACAUUUUAAAAUAGUAUUUUAUAAGGAUUUGGUUAUUCCGCCAAUAAUUAAAUUCAACAUAGUUUGUAAUAAUGGGUGUCACCCUGCCCCCCACCUCUCAUAUGCUAAAAUCCAGAGGUGGAAAAAGUACUAAAAUAUUAUACUCAAGUAAAAGUACCAAUACUUUGAUAAAAUAUUACUCAAGUACAAGUGAAAUUACCUAUCUGAAAAAUUACUCAAUUAAAAGUAAUAAAUAGUUCAUUUAAAAUGUACUUUAAGUAAAAGUUACUUAGUUAAAAAACAUUUUUUACCAUCGAACGGGGCGGGGCGGGAGAUCUCUCCUAUGUAGUGAAAAUGCCCUAUCUACGUCAUUUCGCCCCAUCUACGUCAGAUCACUGAAUGUCUCCUCCUGCUGUACUGUUAUUGUAGCUUACAUCAGCUAGCUAGCUAGCUUCAGGAUUUCUCCCACCACUAGUGAUGGGCAUUCCGGCUCUUUUUCGUGAGCCGGCUCGUAUGGCUCAGCUCACCAAAAAGAGCCGGCUCUUUUGGCUCCCGAACGGCUCUUUAAAAAAUACAUGUUUUAACUAUGAAUUUGACUAUGAUGGGUGUGAAAACAAUUUGAAUUAAAUUAUGAAAUGAAAUCAUACUCGACCGUAACCACAUAUCUUUAAAAAUGCAUUGAUUUGUCAUGGCUCUCCUCCGAGUUUUGACUGGCCCUCCCUCAUGCAGGAUUGACAGGAACAGAAUGUGAGGAUGAUCGUGUGCGCCUUUAAGCCUACAAGUAUUUUUUUGUUGUUCUUUGAAUUAGUCAAUUAUUUUAAAUACAAUUAAAAGUCAUUAUUUCAUAAUCAUUUAGUUUUUAUAGGCUGUAUUAAUCUAUUAAAAAUAGAGUCGGUUCUUCAGAUAUGCGAGCCAGCUCCCGACGUUCACCUUCAAGAGCCGGCUCUUAGAGACGGAUCGUUCGCGAACGACCCAUCACUACCCACCACCCGCAACUGCAUCUUCCCUGGAUGCAAGAACUCCAGCUGCGCUGCAACGCCAUUUAAGUUCCCUGUUGAUAAUGAAAGGAAAAAUAGGUGGAUAGAUUUUGUGAAGAGCCACGCUCAUGGAAAGCUUCGGAUAAACUCCAACAGCCCCCUCUGCGCCACUGACCAUUUCACGGCCGACAGUUUUAACAUGGACCAGAGACAGACGGGGUUCACCAACACACGGCUUCUCUUGCAGCGCGGAGCCUUACCGAGCAUCGCCCCCCCCGGCCGUUCAUCCUCCGGUCGCACCUGGACCAUCCACCGCCGCCUGCAGUUCAUCACUCAGUUCUGUGUGCUUGUUAUAAUUAUACUAGAUAACUUUUCCAGAAGUAUCUCUGCUAUAAUUAGUGCAAACCGCUAACUUGAUAUUAGGCUACUCGGUGUAGAAUGAUGGUAUUUUGGUGAAAUGGUAGCUAAUGUGCUAGAAGUAGUUGGAGAGCUCACUGUCUGCUGUCUCUGCUGUAAAUGUUUACUCUUGUGUUACAGAUCAGGGGAAUAUUUCAUUUAUAUGCAUCUGUAUGUUUCACUCAUUGAACAAAUAAAUUCUAAUUCUAUA